AUGCGUGCUGGCAUCGUGACACCUGGUCCAUGCUACGAGCUACAGCACUCGGUGUGGGAUGCUUGUUUGUGUAUUGGCCUCCCGGCACUAAGCAAAUGGGACUCUUUCAUUGCGACCCUUCUGGUUCUACUGAACAUAGCCACCCAGAUGGGUUUUGUCGCUGUUGUUCAAAUGCACAUGCUGGAAGAUGUCCUCAAGCCGGAUCAGCUAAAUCAGCUGCUCCGAUUCAGGGCCGAUGUUGCCCACGAUGUGAAGUAUGCAGACUUGGGCGGAGGUCGUUCCCUGGCACGGCGUGUUUGCAGUCAAGACGAUUCAUUGCAGUUGGCAAACGCCCAAACCGGGCUAGUCACUGAUCUGUACAACUACAGCACCAUCGGUCCAGUUCUAGCACUGCUGGCCAUCGGAUGCUGGCUCAUGACCACAUUGAGGGAGAUGUUUGACAUCAUUAGUUUCAUUGGUGCCGUUCAAACAUACCCUGUAGGUGAGACGACGCAGUUGUCGACGGAGGUUGGCGAAGAAGAUGCUGUUGAGAAGGCGGCCACGAUCUCAGAAAUCUCGCACAGCAGGAAGGACAUGCUGUUUGCUCUUGUGAUCGUGCCACGUUUCGUGGUCGCUGCUGUACUCAUGGUAACGGGCACGAGGUAUCUUGCAAAUACACUCAGCUUGUCGGACCUGAUCUUGAACGCCGUUGCGUUGGCUUUCAUAUUUGAUUUGGACGAGUUGAUCGAGUCUGCUUUUAUGCCACGGCUGGCCCGCUUCCUACUGGAUAAGCUGAGCACACUUCCGAUUUCUCAGCCGCGAAUUCCGGGAUUGGGGCAUGUCAAUGCCGGACUGCUGGAUCGUGCACGGAACUUUAUCAAACUCGCUUUGCUGCUGGUUGGCCUACUGCUGUCGUGGUACUUGCUUCUACAACCCCUGCAGAGCACGACACAGUUGGCUCUCAACAUACUCUGCAGCGGCAGGCAGGACUUCAUCUAUGCUGUAAACGCGGCCACUGGGAUCAUCGAGGCUGUACCAACAUUUUCUGAAGAGGCGCCACUGACAUUCAGCACCGAACAGAGGAGCGUGCUCGAGCUGGCGAAGCUUGAUCUAUACCAUAUGGAAGGCUUAUAUCCAGAAGCUAUGAGCAUGGGGCAGAUAAGAGACUUUGACGACACACCUGUAUUGCAGAAAAUCCAGCAGGUGCUCCUGCUGGAGCGGAGCGACGUUGCAGCUGCAGCAGACAACUUACCAUGCACUGACUGCCUUUGCUGA